GCCGGGGGCUGGGCGCGCCACGCAGCAGGGCCGGAGCGGCCGCGGCGCUCGGCAGAGCGUGGAGAGGGCUUUCAGAUUUGCCUCUGGGUCCUUGCUCGGUUCUGGUCGAUUAUCUGCAGCAGCACCGUCCAAGGAAACCUCACAGAAACAUGAAGCGCUCAACCAUCUGGAGCUCAGAAACUCAUUCGCGGCUGACUGCGGCUUCUAGAACCUCCAGGUGUUUUGCAGAUGCGCCACCACCACCGCCAGCAUCUUCUUGCAAACUCCACCACUACUCUCCAGGGACUACCAGCAUUGAGCAAAAGGGAGCCCCCAGAAAAGUCCCCAGCCGUGGCCCAGCACCACCCUGGACAACCAGAAUCCUCCCCUCCCCACCAUGGGCUGGCUUUUUCUAAAGGUUUUGCUGGUGGGGAUGACAUGGGGUGGGGUGACCUGGGAGCAAACUGGGCAGAAACGAAGGACACUGCCAACCUUGAUAAGAUGGCUGCAGAAGGAAUGAGGUUUGUGGAUUUCCAUGCAGCUGCCUCCACCUGCUCCCCAUCCAGGGCCGCCCUCCUCACCGGCCGACUAGGCCUUCGCAAUGGAGUCACGCACAACUUUGCCGUCUCCUCUGUGGGAGGCCUUCCGCUCAACGAGACCACCUUGGCCGAGGUGCUGCAGCAAGCUGGCUACGUCACCGGCAUGAUAGGCAAAUGGCAUCUUGGGCACCAUGGCUCUUAUCACCCCAACUUCCGUGGUAAGAAUUCUUUGGGGAAUUUGUUACCUGGGAAACAAAGAUCUCUGUGUAAAAGGAUUCCAUUAACAUGUUUUCAUUACUACUAUGGAAUCCCAUACAGCCACGAUAUGGGCUGUACUGACACUCCAGGCUACAACCACCCGCCUUGUCCACCGUGUCCCCGGGAAGAUAGACCGUCAAGGAACCUUGAGAGGGAUUGUUACUCUGAUGUGGCCCUUCCUCUCUACGAAAACCUCAACAUCGUGGAGCAGCCCGUGAACCUGAGCAGCCUUGCCCAGAAGUAUGCCGAGAAAGCUACCCAGUUCAUCCAGCAUGCAAGCACCAGUGGAAGGUCCUUCCUGCUCUAUGUGGGCCUGGCCCACAUGCAUGUGCCCUUGCCCAGGACCCAGCGAUCCGCACACCCACGGGGCCAGAGGCUGUACGGUGCAGGUCUCCGGGAGAUGGACAGCUUGGUGGGCCAAAUCAAGGACAAAGUUGACCGCACAGCAAAAGAAAACACAUUCCUCUGGUUUACAGGAGACAACGGUCCGUGGGCUCAGAAGUGCAAGCUGGCGGGUAGCGUGGGUCCCUACACUGGAUUGUGGCAAACUCAUCGAGGGGGAAGUCCAGCCAAGCAGACCACCUGGGAAGGAGGGCACCGGGUCCCGGCUGUCGCUUACUGGCCUGGCAGGGUCCCCAUCAAUGUCACCAGCACUGCCUUGUUGAGUGUGCUGGACAUCUUCCCCACGGUGGUCGCCCUGGCCGGGGCUGGCCUGCCCCAAGGCCGGCACUUCGACGGUCUGGAUGUCUCUGAAGUGCUCUUUGGCCGGUCUCAGACUGGGCACAGGCUGGGGACAUCAAGUCCUUGAAGUUCAAAACCGACAGCUGUGCUGGGCCUUCUGCUUCUGAUCUUGACAGGUGGAAGCUGGAGCGGUGAGGUCCCCACCCAUCAAGUCACUUCUCAGCCCCAGGUUGCUCUGACCCUGUCCAAAAAUUGUCAACAAAGGGAAGGCUUCUUUAAUGGCUCUGCACUUGUCCGGCCCGAACCAGACUGGGGCUGCUGGGGGCCCUAAAUGCUUGGCGCACCCCUGGAGGCCAUACCCGGAGGAAGCAGAAGCUGGGUUUUAGUCCUGACACUUCUCUUAGGGAGGCCCCUAGUGGCGAAAGAGGCCACCUGGAGUGGCUGGCGAACAGCCCACCCCUUUGAGGAACUCCAGCUGUGUACCCGCCAUGGAGGGGCUUUGAAAGGGAUGCUACAGAAGCUCCAGCCCCCAGGGCCCGAGAUAAGGAGAUGCUAGCCGGCUUAAAAAAUAAAAUAAAACCAAGCAAACAGGUGAGAAAGGCAAUCAAAAAGGCGCAACAUGUUUGCUGAAGAUAAAGUUAUCUUUGAAAUUUGGACCGGGUGGCCUCUGGAGAGGAAAUGUCUUCAGUUGUGAUUCAUGUGUAAAUUUGCCAACCUCCUUCCUAUGUCCAUAUAAACAAGAACGCCAUAAUCAGCCUGCUCAAAAGAAGGAAAAACAGCAUAUACGAGUUCCCCCAAAUCCAUCCACAUUUCUGAGAGUGAGCCAUCCCGAAGCUUUGCGGCCUCUCGGAUUUUGGAAGUUGCCUCUGACAAUACCACGUGAAUGCCCUGAACGAGGCAGCCACCCUUAAUGGUGUUUCGGUUCCUGAUUCUCAAAUACCAAUGGUUUGAACCAGCGGACCUUGACUCCCAUCUUCUGGAUGUCGGAGAGCAUCAGAGAUACGUUGACAAUAGGGUUUCCAAGUCUCCCACUUCCUGCCUUCCCCAGAAGGAAACAAAACAGCCUCCUGCGGCGAGAGCUUGGCUUCCUGCGGAGCUGGAAGAAGUGAGGGUUUUGAGUUACGACUUCUUUUCCUGUUUGGAAGGAGCCCGCUGUCAUCACGGGGGCUGGGGAGCUUGUAGGGCUGUCACGAGAGCACAGAGCACGGAAGCAGCAGGUGUGGGCGGAGCCCCGCCCUGGGCGGCAUCCUCUCAGAGCCGGGAAACUUGGGGGGACAGCUGUUUGCGGCUCCAACAGAUGUUCCUCAUUUUUUUUUUUU